UUCGUAAACAACCUGACAACAGGUGGCUAAGUGGACGGACUUUUGUUUUGUUAGCGUUAUUCGCAGGGUAACGACUGUUUGGUUUACUGUUAUGACCGUUGCCAAGGGCUACGAAAAACGAAUGAAUAUUAAAGAAAAAAAAUUGUGAAGAGCUGCACUCAAUUAGCGAAUUUAAAUCAUGGAGGACUAUGCGCCCAGUCGCUAUAAAAUGCAGGAUAAAAUUGGUGAAGGCGUGCACGGUUGUGUGUUCAAGGCCCUCGACUUGCAGCGCAAUGUGGAGGUGGCCAUCAAAAAGGUGGCAUUGAAAAACAAAUUCGGCAACAUAUCGUUGAAUACGCUGCGCGAGAUCAAAACACUUCAAUUGUGCAACUCGGAAUAUAUACUAAAUAUAAUUGAAAUAUAUCCGGAUCUGACGGGUCUUUCGUUGGUGUUGGAGUAUAUGCCCGACACACUGUACGGUCGACUGAAGAGUGAGGUGAAUCCGUUGAGUCGUCAGCAGGUGCGAAAGUAUUCCCUGAUGAUGUUCAAGGGUAUGGCCUAUCUGCACGAGGCGGGCAUUAUGCACAGGGAUAUCAAACCAGCUAAUUUGCUGAUCAGCCAUAUGGAUGUCCUAAAAAUUGCUGACUUUGGCUUGGCACGUCUCUACUUUCCCGAUGAGGAGUCGCGCUUGUACUCGCCACAGGUCUCUACUCGCUGGUAUCGCGCACCCGAAAUACUGUGGGGCAGUCAAAAGUACGGACCUGCCGUUGACUUAUGGGCAUGCGGUAAUGUGCUGGCCGAAAUGCUACGGGGCGUACCGCUCUUUGCAGGCACGACGGAUAUCGAACAACUGGCCAUAAUAAUACGAACGUUGGGCAGUCCCCGUCUAAACGAAUGGCCAGAGUUAACGUCACUGCCCGAUUACAGCAAAAUAAGGUUUCCCAAUUCGGUGGGCAUACAUUGGAACAAUUUGUUUCCAAGCUGCACACAUGCCGUUGAAAUUGAUUUGGUAUCCAAUUUGGUCGUUUACAAUCCAAAGAAUCGACUUAAAGCCACAGAGGUAGGUCCUUAUAUUAUAACUAAUGGACGACAUACCAAAAUAUUCGUUUCCAUCUACAUUUAUUUUGCAGGCCGUCGAACAUAA